AUGCUCAGUUUGCAGGGGACUCCAGCCUCGCACCGUUAUUCCGGCCGGCUGCCAAACCUGUCACCUACAGUCGGUCCAGCCUCUCCAUCCGAGACCCGAGGUCCUCAAAGCCGUACUUCACUGCGAGACCUCAGCGGGCCCAACGCGCAAGAUUUCUCCUCUGCCUGUUUGACGGAGGACGCAGUUUUAUCGUAUAUUUUCCUCUCCUAAGAUGAAGGUGGACAGAGGUUGGAUAUGGAGCGUGCUGCUCCUGUCCCUCCUGGCCGUGGCGGCGGUGGCAGCCCACGAGAAGCAGGCGGAAGCCGAGGAUUUAGAUGACGACGUGGGCCUGGACGAGGAGGAGCUGAACGCUCUCAUGGCGGAAGAGGAGGAAGCCAUGGUGACAGAUGAGGAUCAGUCUGAUGAGACACAGGACGAGGGCGCAGAGAGCGGGAGGACUGGAACUGACGCCGACGUCUCCUUCCAGGUAACGUACAAGACUCCUGUUCCCACUGGAGAUGUGUACUUCGCAGACACAUUUGAUGAUGGAUCUCUGGACAGGUGGCAGCUGUCAAAAACAAUGAAGGAGGACGCAGAUGAGGAGAUCGCCAAAUACGACGGGAAGUGGGCCAUUGAGCAGCUGAAGGAGAACAAGGUUCCAGGAGACCAGGGCCUGGUGCUCAAGUCCCGCGCCAAACACCAUGCCAUCGCUGCAAUGCUGGACAAACCCUUUGUCUUCCAGGAUGAACCCCUGGUCGUCCAGUAUGAGGUGAAUUUCCAGGAUGGCAUCGACUGCGGUGGAGCGUACAUCAAACUGCUCUCAGACACCGGCAGUCUCAAUCUGGAGCAAUUCCACGACCGGACACCUUACACCAUCAUGUUUGGACCGGACAAAUGUGGCGAGGACUACAAGCUGCACUUCAUCUUCCGCCACAAGAAUCCCCUGAACAAAGACACGGAGGAGAAGCACGCCAAGAGGGCCGACGUGGAUCUGAAGAAGUUCUACACUGACAAGAAGACUCACCUCUACACCUUGGUCCUGAACCCAGACAACAGCUAUGAGAUGUUCAUCGACCAGUCGAGCGUGAGCCGCGGGAACCUCCUGCACGACGUGGUGCCUCCAGUCAACCCCCCCAAAGAGAUCGACGACCCGAACGACUCCAAGCCAGAGGACUGGGACGAGAGAGCCAAGAUUCCCGACCCGGAGGCCGUCAAGCCUGAUGACUGGGACGAGGAUGCACCUGCAAAGAUCGAGGACCCUGACGCCAUGAAGCCCGAGGGCUGGCUGCACGAUGAAAGAGAUUUUGUCCCCGACCCUAAUGCCGAGAAACCAGAAGACUGGGACGAGGAGAUGGACGGAGAGUGGGAGGCCCCGCAGAUCCCUAACCCGGCCUGUGAGACUGCUCCUGGCUGCGGGGAGUGGAAGCGCCCCAUGAUCAACAACCCUCUGUACAAGGGCAAGUGGAAAGCUCCUCUGGUGGAUAAUCCUAACUAUCAGGGAGUCUGGAAGCCACGUAAGAUCAUUAACCCGGAGUAUUUCGAGGAUCUGCAGCCAUUCAGGAUGACGCCAUUCAAGGCCCUGGGGCUGGAGCUGUGGUCCAUGACCUCGGACAUCUACUUCGACAACUUCAUUAUCACCUCUCACAAGGAGGUGGCCGACCGCUGGGCCUCUGACAGCUGGGGGCUGAAGAAACUGGUGGCCAGCGCUAACGAGCCGGGGAUUUUCGCUCAGCUGAUGAUGGCAGCGGAGGAGCGGCCGUGGCUCUGGGUGAUAUACGUGCUCACGGUGGGCCUGCCCGUAGGUCUGGCCGUCCUCUUCUGCUGGCCGAAGAAAUCAGAGGAUGACUACAGGUACAAAAAGGUGGAUCUACCCCAGGCUGAUGUAGAGGAGGAGGAGGAGGAGGAGGAGGAGGAAGAGGACGCAGCAGCAGCAGAAGAGGAAGACAAAGCGGCUGAGGCCACAGACGGAGCACCAGCUGCAGCAGCAGAAGAAGCUGAGGAUGAGGACGAUGGCGCAGAUGAAAGAGGGGACAAUCUAGAGGGUGAUGAUGAUGAGGAUGAUGAUGAUGAAGCAGAGGAGGAGGAGGAGGGGGAAGAAGAAGAGGAGGAGGAGGAGGACGAGGAAGAGGGAGAAGAUGAAAGCAAAGCUCCCGAGAGGACAUCAGAAGACGAGACCAAAGAGAGAGGAGACGUCAGCGAGGAGAGCCACAAACAGGCUGUGAGAAAGAGAAGGGUACGGAAAGACUGAGGAGACCAGCCCCCACGCCCGCGGUCUCCUUUUCAACGGGGAGGAGGUGGAAGGGUCGUCUGCGCUGCCGCUCCCCCGUCCCAGAGUGGAGCAGCAUGCAUUUCCUCCAAACCAACCGGUAGCCCGUCGCCACCCCGGCUGCCUCAUCCACGUCUCCUCCACCCCUCCGCUGCACCCCGUCAGGUUUGCGGCCUCCCGGGCCACAUCCCGCGUCGUCCCACGUCUCGUUUCUCUCCGCUUCCUGUUGUCUCCUCAUUCAAGUAUCAGAUGAGGUCCCCGGAGAGCGUGUUGUGCAUUUAGCUGUUUACCCUCCUCCAUCUUAAGCUUCUUCGUCCUCCCUCCCCUCAACAAGCCAUCGCUGUCGAAAUGCCCGUCUGCCUGAAAAGCUCCGCCUCUUCCACCUCGGUUCCUGUCCACCCUCGUGUCUGCCGCCAAAGUCGUCUCUCUGAACGCACGCCGCCGUAGAUCCACCAGCGCGUCUCCUCCUCCUCUCGGAGGGAGCGUCUGCGCCGCCGCCGCCGCCGUCGUCCCUGCCAUUCUGCAGCAUAUCAUAGGGGCUACAGCUCAGACGUCAUACUUUAUUCUCGUGUCCUCGUUUUAACACGCGCAAGGACGCAGUUCAGAGUUCCUGGCUGGGGAUCCGGUAGCGAGAGAGGACGCCGGGCUGUGAUGAGAGCGCGAGAGAUGUUUCUGCAGCAUCAGGACGUUUUAGCAGGAAAAUUUUGCCUCAGCUUAGAUUUAAAGAUUACCUCUUUUAAAAGAAAUAAAAAUAAAAAUGGAUGCUGUUUAGAUUUUAGGUAGUUUGUAAUGAGCAUCAGGUACUUUUCUGUGUGUGUGUUUUUUUUUUUUAAGUUAUAACAAUUGAGGAUUAGCACUGAUGACGCUAUUUAUUUUGGUUAUGAUUUGUUUCAUGCCAGUGUGAGUAAAGAUAUUCUGUAAUACUGCAGUGUUAUAAGUGACUGAAGGCGUUUUUUUUUUUUUUUUCUUAAAUUAUAUACGCUUACUUUGAGCCGAGGUCUGGGAAAAGAAGAAAAACCGACGUCAAGGCUCGCAGCAAAAACGGGAAAUAUUUAAUGCCUUGGCCUUCAAGCUGUCAGUCAGCCAGAAUAAAGACGCAGGUUUUCUGCGGCUCGAUAUGAAACCAGUGAAGGCGUCUCAUUCAGUCGCUUCACAGCGCUGCUCCCAGAAUAUCUAGUCUAGCUGGAGGUCGGCUGCUUGUUUGGUGCCUGGCCAAGACACUGAUGCUACUUCGUUUGAUAUUGUUUGAAGCUUUUGUAGUUCACCUUCUCUGCAGAUGCUGGCAGAUGUCCCUGUUUACAUUUGUUUGCGAGUUGUACAUUGCUCUUAAAAAAAUAAAACUAUUUAAUAUGAAAAGGCUUGACCCAAUAAA